AUGCGCAUCCUGUACCUGCUCUUCCCCUUGUUCCUCUUGUUGGUCCAGGGUGCUGCAGGAUCUUCCAUGGCACCAGGAAACGUAGACCGAUGCAGAUGACAAAAGGGAUUCUGCGUUUUGGGGGGCUGCCGUUUCCCCUAUAAAUUUGUGGGAGUUUGUUCAACAUUCAGCCACUGCUGCAAACUGGGAGGACGUCCCCCUUGCUUCUGGCUCCUGGAACCAUCUCCCGAUGUCCUCUCCCCUCCCUGCCUCUGCCGUCCCCAGACGGUGUGA